CAGGUAUCUGCUCCCCAGCUGGCAGCUCCCUCUCUCUGGAAUGAAGGAUAAGAGUCAGAAAACAGCUGAAGAUCCUUAGGGAAAUGAGAUUGCCUGAAAGUGGGAUGGAAACAGAGGGAAAGGUGGAGUCAGACUAUCCAGGACAAGACUCUCAUUCCUGGAUUUUUGAAGGAAAAGGAACUAAAUAAACUAGUUGCCAUGACAACCUGCUGUUGGGGAAAGGGCCAGGAAAUGGGUGACCUGUGGCUACUCUUGCUCCUGCCUCUGUCCCUGGUAGCCUUCCAUGGAGUUAAAGGCUGUUUGGAGUGUGACCCCAAAUUCAUAGAGGAUGUUAGGCACUUGCUGUCAAAGCUGGUACCCCCAGAAGUUCCUGGCCGAACUCAGCUGCUUGAACGGCAGAGUAAGGAGAUGAUCGGUUUAAGCCACAAGGUCUCCCACAGAGAGAAGAUGCUUCGGGUGUUGGCUGUUCAAAAGGUUGUCCAGUUGAGAACAUGGCUGAAGAAUGAAUUUUAUAAACUGAGCAAUGAAACAUGGAAAGGUGUCUUUAUCCUUCAAGGCAAGCUUCUCGAGAUCCGCCAAAUCCUGGAAUCCAAACUCAAGGAAUUAUUAAAGAACUUCUCUGAAGUUGCUUGUUCUGCAGACUGCACUGUGGUUGAAGGUCCCAUCCUUGAUUGUUGGACCUGUCUUCGCAUGACCACCAGGUGCUUCAAGGGAGAAUAUUGUGGAGGUGAAAUUCCAAGGAAGGCUGAGAAUCGAGAGAUUGCACUAUUUCUGAUAUUACUGACAACAGCUACAAUACUGGGAAGUGCUUUGUUACUAUAUUAUAUGUGUGUCUCUCAUCGGAGGAAAAUGAAGGCAAUACGAAGGUCACUAAAUGAAUAUUUGGAGAAUAAACUUGAAGAAUUAUUGGGACGAUAGAGGAGAAGCAGCAGAGACAUUAUAGAGACAGAAAAUAAAUACAUAGGCACAGACAGGAGAUCUUUCAUUCUAAGUUUUGAAUCAGGCUAGAAAACUGGGAGAGUAAGCUCUUUUGUGGCCAUAAAAUCAUACUAUUUUAAAACUGAAAUAGAACUUGGAGUUUGUCUAGUGAAGAGCCUUAUUGAUAUCCUGAGACAAUGGACGCAAUGAGAGGGCAAAGGGUUUACCUGGAGUUGUACCAAAAGUAACCAAUGCUGGUAUGUUGCAAUGCACAUAAAAGAUGAUAUGCUGUAUGAUAAUAAAGAAUGCAUUGUUAGUAAUUCUCAUUAA